AUGAUGAUGUUGAAGCAACGAGGCGAUCCAAAACAAGAUGUUAAGGAAAAACUACCUCAGGACCAAGACUGGGACAAUGACGGAAACUUGAGUCCAUACAGUAUACGAGAGCAGCUUACGCGUAUGGCUAAAAAAGUGAAAAAUGCUACAGUAGCAAUAGAAGUAAUAGGACGAACCGUUGAAUAUAAUGAUAUUGUUUUACUAAAAAUGACAAAAAAUCAUGGUUCAUCAGAUAAAUACUUUAGAGCGGGUAACGACAAGUAUGAACAAAAUGAAGAAGAAAAGAAAAUAAUAUUUAUAGUUCAAGGCUUAAGCGUGAUGGGUGCAAAAAGUUUAGGGAUUUGGAACAAGAACGUCGCAUUACAAGGUGAAUGUCCAGGGGUUGCAUUAGAUCGAAAUUUUGAUAUAUCGUGGAAUAAUAAUCGUAGCAUCAACUCCUGUAAUCAAGAGUAUCCUGGACCAGUUCCGUUUUCCGAAGCAGAAACAAGAGCUGUGCGUGAUGUCUUUCAUCGAUAUAAUCACAAAAUAGCCGCUUAUUUUCAUGUUCACGCAGGAUCGUACGAUCCUUCUAUUUUUAAGGGAGAUGCAGUGUUAUAUCCAAAAGGCUAUACUGAUUCCGCCUUAGAUGAUGAUAAAUAUAUUGAUUUAAGAGCGGAAAUUGAAGAAGCUAUGAGGAACGCAAGUUUUCGAGUACUCUCUGUUACUGUGGAUACUUUGUACAAUUGGUAUGGAAAAGUUGGAGGGUCUAGUGUGGAUUACGCUUCUACUGUCUAUGGCAUACCUUUUGCUUUAGAACUAGUUAUGCAAUUGUAUGAGAGCGAAUCGCGUGAAGAUCAUUCGUGGAAUGCUCUAUCUGAGAUAUGGUUCAGAAUUCUUCAAGUAAUAUUCGAAUUUAUUUGGAAAAAUAAUAAUGGCAACGAAAUACGU